GGAAGCAAAGAGCCAAAGACGUGGCAACGAUGGACGACCUUUCAGCGAAACGAGCGCCCUCAGACUACGGCAGCACAGAACAAUCGAGAAGAAGCAGUCCCCACGACGACGCGUUUUGGACUUUGGACAAAUCUCUUACAAAAGCAGCGACAGAGAAAUCUCGCUGUUGACAGCAACGAUGGCCUCCGCGUACAGUUGCAGGGAAUGCGGUUCCAACCUGAAUCUGAACUCCGGCUACGCCUACCCUCCGGACUUCUACUUCGAAGCCGGCAACAAGGGCUCCGUCUCGUUCUCGGCGGUGGACGCCACCAGGUUCACCUUCGAGAAGGAGGACAAGAUCCGCCCCUUCUUCGAAACCCUCAAUUACUGGGGGAUUCAGCGCAAGAGGACCAAAAUCAAGUGCUCCGCCUGUGCACGUCUCCUCGGCUACGUCUACGAUGACGGUCCACCGCUCACCGAUAGUCCCGGUCAGUUUCACAUGGGACCCAGCCAGGUCAUCCCCAGAGCUCCCAGAUACAGGUUUAAGACCAAAGCCCUCACAAUCACUUCCGCUUAGCAUACCACACACCAUGUUGAAAUGGACCUCCAUCCAUGUUGUUUCUUUGUUUUAGAUUUUGAGAUACUACAAGAAUUGGAUUGGUGUUCCCCCGGUCUAGAAGGGUCAGAUCUAGAGUCCUUCAACAUCAGUUGCACAUGGCAGGGGUGGCUGCACAAAACAUGCUUAACUUAGUACUUAAACCAAGUAAGACAGCAUUAAGUAUUUAGCUUAGCCUGGUGAUUACGGAAUAGCUAAAUAAGUCUUUCUUUUUUUAUAUAUGUAAAUUAAGUUCUUUAUAUUAAUAAGUUGUUUCAUUGGUAUAGUGCGAUUAGAUUCAAUAAUCCUUCGUAAUGCGAUGUAUUUACAUGUACUCAUCUACUUCUACCUAACCUUCUUAAAUUAAUCAUAGUUAACACUAGUUGUUUUUGUUUAAAA